AUGCCCCUCGAAACCAAAUACCCAACAGCUCCCUACAGCGAACCCCUCCUCCCCCAACUCGACGUCGCAAACCCCUACUACACCGACCUCCAUUACAACCUUCGCGCUUAUGUCCGAGAAUACGUCGACACACAUAUCGCACCAUAUGCUCAAGAAUGGGAAGAAGCGGGUCAAGUCCCAGAGGCUGUCCGUCGACGUCACUGCGAGCUAGGAUUCGGAAUCGUGCACCCUUUAACGACACCGGAAGACGCAGCGGGCUUGUCACUUCCUGGGAACGUGCCUCGCGAGAAGUGGGAUACAUGGUGUAGUCUCAUCGUGGCGGAUGAGCUGACGCGCGUGGGUUCUGUCGGUGUUACGUGGGGAUUGGGCGCAGGUAAUGGUAUUGGGUGUCCGCCGAUUGCGAAAUUCGGGACUCCGCAGCAAAGGCAAAGAUGGCUUCCUCGGGUUGCGAAGGGGGAGAUUCGGUUUUGCUUAGGGAUUACGGAGCCGGAUGGUGAGUUUGAGUUCAGACCCUGGCUUUGGGUGGGCUGA